AUGUCUGCCUUCACUUCGGCCCUGCGACAGAUGCAAGAAGUAUUCAAUGGCAUGAAGCGUGAGAUGACAGACUUUACCGCCUCAUUAAACUACACAUCAGAGGACAUAGUACAAUUCCGUCAAGAAUUAACAGAAAUGAAGGGACAGCUCAAAGAACUUGAAUAUUACAAAAGUGAGGUCAAAACUCUCCGGGCGGAGGUAUCCGAGCUGCGUCAGGAACUGGCGGCCAAGGAGCAGCGGCACUUCACGAAGGACGUGGAGAUCACCGGCCUCACCGAGACCAACGGCGAGAACCUCACUCAGGUGGUGAACGUCCUGAGCAACAAGCUCGGAGUGCAGCUGGACCCCCGCGACGUGGACGACGUGAGGCGCGUCGGAGCGCGAGGCGGCGGCGGCGGCGGCGGCAGUGGCGGCGCCGGCGCGGGCGCGAUGGAGCGGCCGAGACCGGUGGUGCUCACGUUCACGCGGCGCGCGCCCCGCGACCAGCUGCUGCGCGCUGCCAAGGCACGGCGCGGUAUCACCACGGAAAUGCUCGAGGUUCCCGGAAACUCUCGCCGAGUGUUCGUUAACGAACACCUUACGAAGGAAAACCGGGUCCUUUUCAGCAAAGCCCGUGCUCUCGGAGCUGAACUGAAGUUCAAAUUCGUCUGGACAUCUAACUGUAAUAUUUUUAUGCGGCGCUCAGAGACCAGUUCGGUCCUUCGGAUUACAUCUGAAUCAAUUUUAGAUAAACUCGCAAAACAGAUGCCAACUUCUAACCUUAAUGAGUCAUCUAAAAUAUAA